AUGUCAAGUGAAGUGACAAGAGCUGAAAACGAAUAUUCUAAAAAGACUCAUACACAUACCAUUGCAAAUAUUACAAACUUACAAGAAACCUUAAACAGGAAAAGUGACGUUGGACAUACACAUACCAUUGCAAAUAUUACAAACUUACAAGAAACCUUAAACAGGAAAAGUGACGUUGGACAUACACAUACCAUUGCAAAUAUUACAAACUUACAAGAAACCUUAAACAGGAAAAGUGACGUUGGACAUACACAUACAUCUUCUGAAAUAACAGACUUAAACGUUAGCCUUGAAAAGAAGGCAGAUAAGAACCAUACACACGAUUUCUUCGCAACUGUUGGUAUAGAAAAUAUUGAAGGAACGGUUGAAGAAACUGGUGGGGAUGUAUUAAAUUGGAAACCUCCUAACUUUCCACAAGGUUUAACAUCGGAGGAUGACAUAACAACGAUGAAAUACAUUAGAUGUAGAAAUGUCUAUGUCAUGGAGGAUGAAAACAAUGUUAAAUUCACUGCUCAAGAUUUAUAUGAUAAAAAGGCUGACAAAACAUAUGUUAACGAUGAGUUAGAUAAAAAAGCUGACAAAACAUAUGUUAACGAUGAGUUAUAUAAGAAAGCAGACAAAACAGAGCUUCAAACAUUAAAGACAGAAAUACUUCAAACAGUAUAUCCUAUAGGUUCUAUUUACACGUCAAUGAACUCUACCAGACCAGUAGUACUUGGUUUUGGAACUUGGACUCAAAUAGUCGACAGGUUUUUGUAUUGUGCAAACUCUUCAAAGGAAACAGGUGGAAGUAAAACGAUUUCAGGUGCAAAUUUACCUGCGCACAGUCACUACAUAAAUUUAAGUACAUCUGAAGCAGGUUUGCAUAGUCAUAGAUUUUGGGAUUGGUCAGGAAUGACAAAAGGUAAAGGAUAUGAUGUUAAAGAGGACGUUAAGUUUGCUAUAAAUUGUUACUGGA